AUGGAGGUGCAGAAGGAGGCGCAACGCAUCAUGACACUGUCGGUGUGGAAGAUGUACCACUCGCGUAUGCAGCGCGGUGGCCUGCGGCUGCAUCGGAGUCUGCAGCUGUCGCUGGUCAUGCGCAGCGCCCGCGAGCUCUACCUCUCGGCCAAGGUGGAGGCCCACGAGCCCGAGGUGCCCUUGCCUGCCGGCCGCUCCCCUGACCCUCGCUUGCACUCACCUCGGGAAGCAGAAGCCACAGCCCAGGCAGCGCUCCCCGACGGUGAACCACCUUCCCCGGAGCCCAUGGACACCCAGGAGGAUCCGAGAACCGAGGAGACCCCUGCUCCCUGCAGCCCGCGCGCCGCCAGAACCAGUCGCAAACGGCGGAGCAGCAGUUUGAGCGACAGCUGGGACGCCGGACUGGUCCCAAGCAAGAAAGCCCGACUGGAAGAAGAGGAGGCGGAGGACACGCCGUCGGAGGUCGCCGAUCGCCUGCAGCCCCCACCGGCGCAAGCGGAGGGCGCCUUCCCCAAUCUGGCGUGCGUCCUGCAGAGGCGCUUUUCCGGCCUCCUGAACUGCAACCCUGCCGCACCCCCGACGGCGCCUCCUGCGUGCGACGCGAAGCCGGCCUGUCGCUCGGCGGACAAUAUGCUGAACGUGCUCGUGCGGGCCGUCGUGGCCUUCUGA